UGGUGGAUGGCCAACAUCAAGCAGCGCGGGUUGAGUCCUUUUGCUCCCGAUGGUUACAAGGUUUGGAGAAACGUCAAGGACUACGGUGCCAAAGGCGACGGGAAGUCUGAUGAUACAGCCGCUAUCAACCGUGCCAUAUCUGACGGCGGCCGAUGCGGUCGAAACUGCUCUGGAAGCACUAUCCACCCAGUAACUGUGUAUUUCCCCCCAGGUGUCUACAUGGUUAGCAGCUCCAUCAUCCAGUACUACAACACUGAGAUUAUUGGUGAUCCUGUCGAUAUGCCCCGAAUCGUGGCUGCACCCAGCUUUAUUGGUCUCGGUGUCAUUACUACGAAUGUCUACGAGAGCGAAGACACCCAGUGGUACUCCAGCAAACGAAACUUCCUCUGCAGUGUGCGCAAUUUAUACAUCGAUAUCCGCUGCACCCCGAAAGACGCCCAAGUCUGUGGUAUUCAUUGGAAGGUCGGCCAGGGAACAUCCAUUGAGAAUGUCGUCCUCUGGGCCGAUACUUCACCUGACACAACUCAGCAGGGCAUCUACAUGGAGGACGGGAACGGAGGAUUCAUGUCCAACAUCCUUUUCCUAGGAGGUAAAUACGGUGCCUACAUGGGAAAUCAACAGUUUACAGCCCGUGAUCUAUGGUUCUCGGACAUUCUGGACGCGGCGAUCCAGCUCCGCUGGGCCUGGGGUUUGACACUGCAGGGCAUUAACUUCAAGAACGUGAAGACAGGUAUCAAGAUCAUCGACGACCGAGAAAAGGUGAGCGUAGGUUCUCUCGUUGUGACCGAUGUUCAAGGCGAGGCAAUGGACGCCUUCAUUACAUCCACCCUCUCGCCAGAAAACUCUACCUCGCUCAUGAUACAAAACGCUCUGAUGAACGAUGUUGACGCCUUUCUCACGGAAGUAGACAGCGGAAAGGUACUCUUGGCUGGAGACGGCGAUGCGGAGGAGAUCCUCCCCAUUAAGUCCUGGGGCUUUGGAAGGGUCACUGACACUUCAGGGAACACCACCUUUGUCAAAGGCGGCGAGAUCGCUGCUCCUGAAAGGGCGUCGAUGCUCACAAGACCUGGCCUCUCGAGUUCCAUCCGAGAUACUGAGUACUACUUUACGAGGCAACGCCCCCGGUAUGUUAACCUUGGGGGCUGCGAUCUCGUCGAUGUCAAGGCAUGGGGCGCCAAGGGAGAUGGCAAGAUCGACGAUACAGUAGCUCUCAACCGCGCCUUCCAGGCAGCGGCCGACAUGUCGGCUAUCGUGUAUAUCCCGUACGGCGUCUACGUGAUCAAGGAUACCGUCACCAUUCCCGUUGGAUCCCGGGUUAUUGGCCAGACCUGGCCUCAGCUGAUGGGGACCGGCGCCAAGUUUGAAGAUAUAUCCAACCCUCGACCUGUCAUUCGCGUGGGAGUCCCCGGAAACCAAGGUGUGGCUGAGAUCCAGUCUGUCAUGUUCACAGUUCGAGGUCCAACAGCGGGGGCUAUUCUUGUCGAGUGGAACGUCCACGAGUCGUUCCAGGGCUCCGCUGGUCUAUGGGACUCUCAUUUUAGAGUUGGGGGUGCUGAGGGCAGCCAACUUCAGGCUGCCGAUUGCCCUAAGCUUCCAAACGAGGCUAACCCUGCCUGCAUUGCGGCAUCUCUUAUGCUUCACAUCACAUCCAAGGCCUCUGCGUACCUUGAAAGCAUCUGGGUGUGGGCAGCAGACCACGAUAUCGACGACAAGAAGCAGGCCAGUAUCGACUUCUAUGCAGCACGAGGUAUUCUUAUUGAGAGCACAGGGCCUACCUGGCUGUGGGGGACUUCGGUUCAGCACUGCGCCCUCUACCAGUACCAGCUAUCAGGUGCUGAGAACGUUUUUCUAGGUCUUAUCCAGACCGAAUCACCCUACUACCAGCCUCGCCCUGCUAGCCCAGGGCCGUUU